AUGGUCCCAAAGGAUGACAACUUUUCCUCCUUCCUUUACAAUGUACCGUCACUGCAGCUGUCUGAUGUAGGUCUCUUGGAAUCAGUCAUGCGCCGUGUACACUGCUCCUCUCCUCCUCCUCCUCCUCCUCCUCCUCCUCCUCCUCCUCCGUCCACCCUGCUCCCCUCUUUCACAAAACCCCCGUCAGCGUCGGCUGCCCACGUUCAGGCAGGAGUGAUUCAGUGCUCCAUGCCCAGCGACGGUUGUUUCCUAGGUCUACACGCCAACCCUCCUCACUGUGGCGUCCACAGCGUUGACUUGCGCUCGCCAGUUAUGGGGGGCGGGGCGACGCAGGGUAUUGCCUCCUCAUUCACUGGUUCCCCUGCUCUUUGCGUCUACGUUUCUCCGCCGUCUGCUGUCCGCGCCCGUCCGUCGUCGUCUUUGCCAGCACCAGUGGGUGACGCAUAG